AUGCCGAGCGCGUGCGGUGUUCCGCAUUGUCCCAACCGGUGUCUAACCGCUGCUAUGGUCAAAUUCAAAAACGUUCAGUUCCAUCGUUUGCCGGGUGAGGAACGUCUCAGAGCUGAGUGGUGUCGGCGCAUCGAUAGAGAGGAUCCCGGUCAGGCAGGGGUGCGCGUGUGCUCCGAACACUUCGACGGCGACCGCGAGUACCGGCGUAUAGGAAGCGUCCUUCGGGAUGCCGGGCAGACUGUGAAGAGAGCUCUUCUCAAGUCCGACGCAGUUCCCUCCCUUCGACUUCCCCCCACUGUGAAGCGUAACAUCCCUUCAAUGGAGGACCCAACGUCAAAACGCCGAAAACUUGUUGACGAUGACCCGAUUGAGGAGCUGGGCUUCGAAGGGAAUGCACCUUGUGAGCACGACUGCCAUUGCCGUCACCGACCGACGACAAGCGAUGCAGCGGUUCAGGCCGACCCGCAAGAGAAGCCGCAGGUUCCGACCCCGGCUGUUUUGAAAGACAGUUCUGUGGGAACGGAUCCAAGGCUGGGAAAAAGAUCAGUCGGCACGCAGGCAAACUCGUAUGCCAGAGGCGUCACUAGCCACCACGUUCAGACAGAAGCUUUGGAGCUACCUGGCAGUUGCAGCGCCACUGCCAGCAUCGGUACCACCACCACUGCUGCUGUAUCUGCCUCCUUCCCCACAACCACCACGGCCACCACCCCUGCCCCUCAAGUGCCACCACAAGGGACAGUCCUGGCACCUGCCACUAGCCCAGUCCCAAGUCAUUCACACGAGGAGGAGGAGGAUGACGACGAAAGGAAGAGGAGGAGGAAGAGAAGGACGACGACGACCCCCUGUAUGAGCCAUUCAGCAAAGAUGGCUUUGUCGAGUGUGGAUGGACGAGCAGGGCAAGCUGUUGGAGGAGCUCCACGACCAGCCCCUUGAUCUUGCCGGCGACGGGAG